AUGGCCGAUUCCAGUGAAUCGGAAGGUCUCUAUCUACAUAUAAGUGAACCUGGACGGGCUACUGUGUCAUUUCCGAAUGAUAAAGAACAGAAAACACUCAAUUUAGCCGGAACCGAUUUGGCAAAAUCAUGUAGUUCGGUCAACAUAUUCUGGUCCUAUCCAACAGGUUUGCUGACACUGAUCAUUGAAACAGCAUACACUAAAAAACAACAAUCUUAUACUAUUCAUAUCGAUAAUGAACACUUGAGUGCGUCUAUUUCGAAUGUUUAUCAAGUCAUCGAUGAUGAAGAAAUCGAAGUCACAACCAACGAUAAAAAAAUAAUACUCAAUUCGGAUUCAAAUUAUCAAGUAAUCAUCAAAUUUCAAGGUCCGCCAGAAAUGAGAACCUAUGGUGUCUCUAUUAGUUAUGAUAUCAUUCCAAAAUAA